UUGCCAGUGGGCUCGUCAGCCGGCAGCCGGGCAGAUCGGUGCUAGCAGCUCGGUACAGCCGCAGCCGCAGCCGCCACUAUGCCUCUUCUCGUACUGCCGCUCCUGUUGUGCCUCGCGGCCGCCUUCUCUCCGUUCUACGACGUCCCGCAGCCGAUGAUAGAAGCCCUCAAGCCGCGAGGACUCCGGAUAUCCAUACCAGAUGAUCUGGGUGUGGAGCUGUUUGCUGUGCACGCCAACCUGAACAAACCCAUCUCACCGCUGGAGGCUGGCCAGAUCUCAGUGGACAUCACCAGGCCGAAGGGUAGCCGCUGGGUCUACGAGGACCGUCGCGUGCGCCUCAAGCCUGGUGACGUCAUCAAUUACUGGCUGUACGUGCAGGUUGAUGGGCAGGGGUACCGCUUGGACGACCAGACUUUCGUCGUCAAAGAGCUGGUUGAGCCUGGAAGUGGAAAACUACAAAUGUGUGAACCCACCAUCACAACAGUCAAUGGAAAGCCUACCUGUAAGGGACAACUAAUAUUCGAAGAAAGUUUCUCCAUAUUCAACCAGAGCAAAUGGCAGUAUGCUAUCCAGCUAGCAGGAAGGCCAGAUUACCAGUUUGUACUGUAUACAGAGAACCCAGAGAACUCUGUUGUGAGAGAUGAUAAGUUGGUUAUUACUCCAACAUUGCUGUCUCCAGAUGACAGUGAUUACAUUUACUAUGGACAUAUUUCUGUUCCAAGGUGCACAGGCCUGCCAAACAGUGCUGAGUGCGACAAAACAGCUGCUGCCUGGUCAAUCCUGCCACCAGUGCAAUCAGCCAAACUGCACACGAAGUAUUCAUUCUCAUUUGCCUAUGGUGUUAUAGAAAUCCGUGCUAAGUUACCUAUGGGUGACUGGAUUUUCCCUGAGAUCUGGCUUGAACCAAAAGAAAAUUACUACGGACACCUCAACUAUCAAUCAGGGCAGAUCAGAAUAGCAAUGGCACGAGGAAAUGAAGAUUUAACAAAAGAUGGGGCCCAACUUGGCAACACUUUACUUGAAGCAGGCUGCAGACUUGGCCUGAAAACAAAAAUUCGGAAUGAGAUGUACACAAAGAGCAACUGGACACCUUUUGGAUCUGACUUCCAUGUUUACAGAGUUAUUUGGGAUAAAGAUCAGCUGGUGUUUGUUGUCGAUGGUAUGGAGAUUGGAAGAGUUCGACCACCACUAGGUGGCUUUAGUGGCUUGCAAGAAUUUGCUUCAUCACCUACAGUUCCUUGGAAGUCUAAACUUGCACCAUUUGACAGAGAGUUCUACAUUACUUUGGGUGUUGGAGUUGGAGGACAUCUAGAAUUUCCUGAUGGGUGUUUAUCACAUAAGCAUCCAAAGCCAUGGAGAAACAGGGAAACAAAGUCCAUUCUACGUUUCUACAAGGACUUAGAUAACUGGUAUCCAACAUGGGAUUCUCAGAAGUCUGCACUGGAAGUGGAUUAUGUGAAAGUAUGGGCUGUGUAGUUUAUUUCUCUGCCUUGGAAGUCUAAGUUAUUUUUAUUUAUUAGAGGUUUAUCAUAUUUCAAAUUCAGUAAGUUUGUUUUCCAGCCAGUAAUUUUCUUUUGGAUAUGCAAUGAAAUUAAGAAAAUAAAAACUUUUUUUAUAAAUAGAACAUUAGAUUUCGGCUAUUUUUGUAUCUACAUAUAAUAGUCAGUACUUGUAUGUUAGCAUUAAAUUCUCUCAUUGGAAGUAAUAAAUUUAGCUCAGGAUUUCUGGAGAUCCCCAGACUUCUGUUUUAUGUCCAUAAAAAUGUGAUAAAUGUUUUUGUAUUCCAGAUAAAGAACUCCACAUUAGGCUAUUCCCAGCUACACAGACCACAUAUAAAUUAUUCACGAUAAAGGAUGACAGCCAAAAACAGUUGCAGGCCGAUACGUUUUAUUUAUUAUGGCAGAAAGUUUGAAUUAACACAACUUUUAAUAAUUUUUUAUGCGCUUAUGUAUGUAUUCAUGGAUUUUAAUAUGCGAGAGUGUCUUGCACAUACAAGUGCCCUCUCUCGGCGAAACCAUCUGCCCUAGUGCUUUCACACUCUUGUCUCGAUAGUUCAUAAGCAAAGUAAUGGUGCUCAACUGUUCGCUUUGGCACUGUGCCUUAGUCAUGUUGUACUAAUGGAGAAGAUGUUUCAAUUAUUGACGACGCCUUUGGCAUAAUUGUUUUAUUAAUCUCCAUUACAUGAUGUAAUUUCAGUAAGUGACUAAAGAUGUUGUGCCUGUAUUACUUUGGUAAUUUCACUGUUACUUAAGCUUUUGUUUCUCACUUCCGAUGCUAUGGCUUUUCUAAUGAAAGUGUCUUCCUGUUCAGGAUUUUUUACUUCUGAUGAAGGUAUAUUUAUAUGUACCGAAACCUUGGUCAAGAAAUUUUAAUAAAAUUUUAUCCUGCAACUGUUUUUGGCUGUCAUCCUUUAUCGUGAAGAAUUUCAACAGUUGCUGUUGCAGCCAUGUUUAAAAUUUUGACAUAUAAAUUAUAUUUAAAUCUUGUCUUGUCAUCUAUAAUGUCAUAUUUCAUUUUAAAACAUUAUUUGUCAUAAGUAUCAUCAUCAUGAAUGUAUUAAUAUGUGAGUGUCAAAAUGCCUUGGAACAUUACACUUUCAGUAUUGCUGUUGCAGAUAUUAAAUACACCAAAAGAAGAAAAAAUACCUUAUCUUAAGCAUAGCCAAUAUAACAUCAGCAAGAAUGCUCACCCAUCGUGAAUAUAUUAUAUAUUUUCUACUUUGUAGCCUGGAGCAACCAUCAGUUGUAAAAAUGUCUUAGCUUUACAACUUAAGUAACUCAUCUUUAUUACACUGGUCAAUGAUGUUAAAUAAAACAUAGCCAGAUUCAGUGUGACCACAUCCUGACUUAACUUGGGGGAAUAUAUAUACCUAUGACCACCGCUAGUGAGUGAGGACUGCAACAUCUGUGACGUGACCAUUCCCAGCUUUGUCUGUGAAUGGAUGUGCUUCUUGUGUUGUGCUUGUCAAUAAAUUGUUUUUCUGUCUAA